CAACACUAGUGCUUCACGACAGUUCUUUAACGUAUUACGGUGGCCGCUGUCGUAUAUUUUGCAGAAUCACCAUGGCGUUGAAAGAGACUGCAGGACUGUAUGAGACACUCAAAACAGAGUGGAACAAGAAAAACCCAAACCUGAGUAAAUGUGGAGACCUUCUGAGCAAACUUAAGGUUUCAUUACUGGAACUGAACUUCUUACCUACUAGUGGGUCUGCGCUCACUAAGCAGCAGCUCAUUUUAGCUCGUGAUGUCCUUGAAAUUGGAGCCUUGUGGAGUAUCCUCAAGAAGGACAUACCGUCCUUUGAAAGAUACAUGGCCCAGCUAAAAUGUUACUACUUUGAUUACAAGGAGGAACUGCCUGACGCUGCCUACAUGCACCAGUUACUUGGACUCAACUUGCUCUUCCUGCUCUCACAGAACCGCGUGUCUGAGUUUCACACAGAACUUGAGAGACUGAGCGCACGUGAUAUUCAGACCAACGUAUACAUCAGGCACCCAGUGUCCCUAGAGCAGUACUUGAUGGAGGGAAGCUACAACAAGGUAUUUCUCGCCAAAGGCAACAUUCCUGCUGAGAGCUACACCUUUUUUAUAGAUAUUCUGCUUGACACAAUUCGUGAUGAGAUCGCAGGAUGCAUAGAGAAAGCAUAUGAGCAGAUCCAGUUCAGUGAAGCCACUCGUGUGCUUUUCUUCAGUUCCCCAAAAAAGAUGACAGAGUAUGCCAAGAAGAGGGGAUGGAGCUUGAGCCCAGAUGGCUAUUACUCUUUUACCACUCAGCAGCAACGGACCGAAGAGGUGACCAUCCCCUCCACAGAGCUGGCUCAACAGGUCAUCGAAUACGCACGACAGCUGGAAAUGAUUGUGUAACGCGCCCCCAGGAACACACUCCAACACACACACACCCCGCUGACCCAUUGUACACCCCGUCAGCUCAGAUGCAGUUCCUCUGAGGAAUAUGACUUCAUUGAUAACCAGACUGGUUGAUUUAUUGCCCAUACCUCAGAAAUCAACCUCAUAUGUAUUUUGUACUCUGUUCCACUUAUCUGCAGAUAUUCCUGUCUGGAAGUUUGCUUUAAAUUUAAAGAUGGGGAAUGAUACUAAAAAA